GUUCUAUGUUGGUUAUGAUGCAAUGGUGUGAUGAGGUUCUGUGUGUUGGUUAUGAUGUAAUGGAAUGUCUUGGCAUAUGUUGGCUGUAGGUGCAUUUUUCCAUGCACCUAUGACUGCUCUGAUUGAUCAAAGUUCUUCAGCCUGCCAGCUGUAUAUUAUACAACCUAUGGAAACUUUGCUGUACAAGCUGCUUUGAACUUACUUGAAGUGAAUUUUCUUGCUUUAGACUACAAAGCUGUGAAAGCCCCUUAAUAUGAGCCAUUGUGAAGCCAGCAGGUCAUCAUAAAAUUAUUUAAAUGUCAAAUGUCCUUCAUUGUGAAAUAACUUAAUUGUGCAAUUACUGUCAAAGGCAGUCAAAAAUACACAAAACCUUGGAGAGUAAACUAUACCUUUAUACAAUCCAUUAAAGGUCCAGAAAACAGAAAUUUGAAUUCUUUGCUGAUGUGUUUUAAUACUUUUUUGCAUUCACAAAUGGCCCAGAAAUAUUUUUAAAUGAUUCUUCCAAGUGAUUAUAGCACAAAAUUAAAAAUAGUAAAAUAUUGAAGACGCUUCUUUAUUGCUCUUCAAGAUUUUUUCCUUUGACCCCUGCAUUACUGCUUUCAGUCUUAUUGGUUUGUUUGUUUGGUCAUUCAUUCAUUGUUAUAGCCAAUUAGAGGGUGCUAACUGGUCCUAGCAUCAGUCUGUACUAUUUGUGUUUUGUGACUGCAGUGAUGGAUGGGUAUGUGUGCAUGACUGAGACUGGUGAAGCAGACGUAUGCAUGUGUUUGUGUGCGUAUAUACGUGCAUGUGUUCAUGUGUAUGGGACACAGGUGCUUGAUCUGACGGAGGCUGAACAGGCUAGGUGACUCAGGUGAGCGCACUCUCUGGAGACUGCGUUUGUCCGGUAAAAUUUGCUUUCCUUCAGGGAGAAAGCGCUCCUCCUCCUGCCACCUGUUUGCACAGGGAACAGCACACACAGUCCGUGACAAGGAGCUCUCCCUUCUCAACCUCAGACACACCGACAUACCCAACACAAUGGAGACGGCUGACCAGAGCUGAACUGUGAACUGGGGGAAAAAGAUUCAACAUGUCCAUCACUGUCAAUCUAAAGAAGAUUACCAACUUGCCUGGGAAAUAUGAUCGUAAAGUGGAGUUGUCUUUCAGAGGUUUUACACAUAAAACCAGAAUCCUGCAGUGUUCAAAUGUGGCCAUCUUUAAUGAGCACUUCAGGUGGCCACACUAUGGGAAGGUUGUUAAGGAUGAAAUGCUGUCCAUCAGCGUUUACAACUGCAGCAAAGUCUUCAGCAACAGACUGCUGGGGAAGCUGGUCCUUAGUCUACAGCACGUGGUGACGUCGGGGAGACUGUUACUACGAGAACCGUUGACUGACAGUAACUACAGCCUGACAGACAUAUACAUUGAGCUGGAUGUACGGUACCACCCGGUCCAAGGUGCGGCUGGUGGUUGGGAGGGUGAUGAGUUCCUGGAUAUAGAGGACGAUGAUGACUCUGGACUUGUCAUUAGAAAUACUAGUUUUGGUGAACCCAGCUCCAAACAGAACAUGCGACCAGAACGCCUGGACCGGGAGACCAGGAAGAUCGGACGCAGCCUCAUAAGAACUGGAACGGAGGAUGAUGAUGAGGACGAAGAUGACGACGAUGAUGAUUACGACGUGGAUGACAUGGAGUCCGCCAACAUCACGUUCACUCCAAUUCUUAGUCGCUGCAGGCCUCUGUCUCACUACGAGCUGGCCACCGUGCCCAAGGUGCAGUCCUUCCAGGUGAAUGUUAAUGUGGUGGAGGCUCAGAAGCUGGUGGGGGUGAACAUAAACCCCGCUGUGUACAUCACCAUAGGGGAUGAGAAGAGGCACACAGCCACUCAAAAAUCCACCAACUGCCCCUUCUACAAUGAGAACUUCAUGUUUGAGUUCCAGGAGACACAGGCAGUUCUGUUUGACAAAGUUAUCGAAAUAACGGUUGUUCAUAAGAAGAUGCUGGCGUUUAUGAUGACCCGGAUCGGCACCUUCAAGAUUGACAUCAGCACGGUGUACAGUCAGCCAGAUCACCGGUUCUACCAGAAGUGGGCUCCCCUGACAGACCCCAAAGACACGCGGACAGGGGUGAAGGGUUUUGUGAAGUGCACAGUCAGCGUGGUGAUGAAGGGCGACUCCAUGGCCAUGCCCAGCAUCCCCAGCGUGGGCAGCCAGAACGACGACAUCGAAAAGAAUCUCCUCCUGCCCAAGAGGAUGCCAGUGGAACGGCCUUGGGCCAAGUUCCUCCUGAAGGUGUUCAAGGCUGAGGACCUUCCCAGUAUGAAUGCGGGAUUCAUGGGCGGCUUUUCCAAGAUGAUGGGGGAGAAGAAGGUGUUCAUUGAUCCCUAUGUGCAGAUCACCUUCGCUGGUCAGCAGGGAGAAACAUCGGUAGCGAGCAGCACCAACACCCCUCAAUGGAAUGAGCAGGUCUCCUUCAUUGAGCAGUUCCCCCCUCUCGCCCGUCGGAUCAAGGUUCAGAUCCUUGAUGAUGCCAACUUUGGAGACAUCGCCUUGGCAACGCAUUUCCUUGACCUGCAGCAGAUCUCUGACCCCAACAGGAAUGGGUUCAACCCCACAUUCGGCCCAUCCUGGAUUAACCUGUACGGCUCGCCGCAGAACUCGACUCUCCGGGACGUGCACCGCGACCUGAACGAGGGCCUGGGCGAGGGCAUCUUCUACAGGGGCCGGAUCCUGCUCUCGGUGGCGGUAGAGGUGUACACCUCCCCCACCGCCGUGGUGGAGAACAAAGCCACGGCCGCCGUCAAGAACGCCUUCAGCAAGCUGUCCGUCAAGAAGAGGAGCAGGAAGUCCAAGGAGAAGAAGAACGAAAAAAACGCAGAGCCGGGUCAAAGUGGGCCCAAGGAGGAGACGGAAGACGCGGGUUCGGAGGUUCCGGGUGCUGUGACUGUAGAGGUGGAGGAGGUUCACCCUCUCCCAGAGAAUUUCUUGGGUCAGAAAGAGGAGUACUUGCUGUUCGCAUCUCUGUUUGAAGUGACCAUGAUCGAUCCAUCCAUUGGCUCAAAGCUGGUCACCUUUGAGUUGUCUAUUGGGAACUAUGGGAAGGCAGCAGAUGUCGUAGUGAAACCAAAGAAGGGCGGGGCCAAGGAGGAGAGGGCAGAAGAGAGGCAGUCGCUGUUGGAAGCAUCAGAUGACGAGCUGGAGAGAGAAGAGCUUCCUGUGGUGGGAUCGCGGAACAAGUCCGUGACCACGCCCAGAAGGCCACAAGCCACAGAGUACGACAGAGCCUUUAGCUGCAUAUCCAUGUUGCGGGACAAGCCUUGUCUCUAUGUGUGGAACUACUUUGAGGACCACAACUUCCGCCUCUAUAACACCAAUUGGCUCUCCAAGAUGGCUGACCGACUGGAAUAUGGGAUUGAUGAGGUGGAGAAGUUACUGAAGAGGCCCAGGAGCCUGGCUAAGGAGAGGCUGGUGGAGGUGCUCUUGGAGUUUGUAGCCAGCUGCAAGCAGUAUAGCUCUAAUAUAGAUAAGAAGACGGUGACGCGACUCAACAACCUAGACAAAUCCCGGAUGGUAUUUUCUAAGAAGAACAUUAUCAUUUUGGCCAAACAAGCCCUUCGCGCCAGGCGAAGGAUCACAAGGCGCUGCACCAAGGAGAAGCUCGCAGACACAAAGAAAAUCCUGAAGAGAGUCAGAUUCCUGGCCAAGGAGCCCCAGAGCACCCUGCCGGACGUCUUCCUGUGGAUGAUGAGCGGGGCCAAGCGCAUAGCUUACGCCAGGAUUCCCGCGCACUCCAUCAUCUUCUCCCUAGUGGAGGAGGAGAAGGGCAGAGACUGCGGGAAGCUCACCACCAUCUACAUGAAGACCCCGGGUGGACCCCUGGGAGAGAUCUUUGCCAAGCUGGAGGUAUACCUGUGGCUCGGCAUCACCAAGUACGCCAAGAACAGUGUAAACAGCCUGCCGGAGGAGUUCAAGCCACUGUAUGAAGAGGCCACAGCCAACACCCCCAUACCCAUAAACAUGCCCCCCUCCAAGCUGUCCUGUGAGGACAGCCGGUACUUCCAGCUGCGGGCUCACAUCUACCAGGCCCGGGGCAUCAUGGCUGCCGACGACAACGGCCUCUCUGACCCUUUCACCAGGGUGGUGUUCUCCACGCAGUGUCAAACAACCCGGAUCAUAGAGGAGACUCUCUCUCCAACAUGGACUCAGCUGCUGCUGUUCCAUCAGAUCCUCAUAGAGGGCAGUAAGGAGGACCUGCGGAACGACCCACCCAUCAUCAUCAUCGACAUGUAUGACUACGACAAAAUCGGCAGUCCGAUGGCGUUGGGUCGUGCGUUCGCUGAGCCGGAGCUGAAGUUCGUGGAGGAGGCGUACAAGAAGCCGGCGCUGCAGUUCUUUGACAUCCGCAGAGGGAAGACUCCCGCAGGGGAGCUGCUGGGUGCGUUUGAGCUGUUAGAGCUCGACUACAGAGGCUACGGAGAGCCUUCUCUCCCGGCAGAUGUGGACCCACGAGAGCCCCUGUUCCUGCCGGAGGAGAGGUACUAUGUUAUCCCCCCGGGGGUGCGGCCUGUGCUGAGGAAAUUCCGAAUUGAGGUUCUGUACUGGGGUGUGCGGGACCUGAAGCGGGUGAACCUGUUUGAGGUGGAGAAGCCACAGGUGAGGAUGGAAUGUGCUGGACAGAUGAUCGAGUCGGAGGAAAUCGAAAGCUACCGGCUCAACCCUAAUUUCAAGGAGAUGGUCAAGCACUUUGACGUGGAGCUGCCGGAACUCGUGUACCUCCACCCUCCGCUAACCAUCUUCGUGAUGGAGCAGCGAGCCUUCGGCCGCCUGGUGCUCGUGGGAACGCACGUGGUGCAGAGCCUCAUGCACUUUGCCCCCAAAAGCCUGGACGAGUGGAAAGAGGAAGGAGAGGAGCCAGAGCCCCAGGAUGAAAAACCUAAGAAAACUACGGCUCUGAACACUGUGGUGAGCAUGGACCUGAGAGGCCUGCCCCUCAAAGACACCAAGAUCCCCAUCAACCCCCUCAACCUGGUCACUGGUACGAUGAAGAAGGGGCUGCAGAAGCCAGAGGAGCUAGAGGAGGAGGAGCCAGAGAAGGAGGAGCUUGAUUGGUGGUCUAAAUACUACGCCUCACUGGCAGAACUGGAGAAACAGAAUGAGGAAGAAGAGGAUGCCGAUGAGCAGCAGGAUGGAGAUGGAGGACUGGAGGCCGAGGAGGAUGACGCGGUGGUGGUUGAAAUUGAGCCCCCCCCAAAACCCAAGAGGAAAAAGGUCGCCACUCUGCAGCUCUACCCCUCUGAGCUGGAGAACGAGUUUAACGACUUCAUGGACUGGUUGCACACCUUCCCUAUCUACAAAGGCAAGUCUAACUACGAUGACGAAGAUGAUGAUGACGAUGAACGGACUAUGGGCAAAUACAAGGGUUCAUUUUUAAUAUACCCCAUCUCAAAAGAAGAUGAGGAUGCGGAGUGCCAGAUCACCAACGGAAUCCCCAAAAACCUUCCCAUCAAAGUCCUGGUGAGGGUGUAUAUGGUGAAGGCCACCAACCUGGCGCCCACAGACCCCAACGGCAAAGCGGACCCGUAUGUGGUGGUGAGGGUGGGGGAGCAGCACAUGGACAGUAAGGACCGCUACAUCCCCAAACAGCUCAACCCGGUGUUCGGAGAAGUCUUCGAGCUGACCGUUUCCUUCCCGCUGGAGACCGAGCUCACGCUGUCCGUGUUCGACCACGACCUGGUGGGGUCCGACGACAUGAUCGGAGAAACCCGCAUCGACCUGGAGAACCGUUUCUACAGCCGGCACCGGGCCGGGUGCGGCAUCGCCCUACACUACGACAAAGACGGGUACAAUCAGUGGAGAGAUGCCAAAAAACCGUCCGCCAUCCUGGCCGACCUCUGCCGCAAGAACGGCAUGCCCUCCCCGGAGUACCGUCAGUCCGAAGUCAAGGUCCUCAACAAAAUCUUCAAAAUCCCCAACGAGGCCUUUCCAGAGGGUUGGUUUCCUGCUCUGCCGCCGUUCGUUUUUAUGGCCGUGUUUGUCUCCGGUCCUUAAUUAAUAUGUGAGCCCACACUUACUGAAUGGGAGCAUGGACAUGCUGUGAAUAUGUGAAUCUCCAGGGGAUUCUGCCUUAGUUUUAUAGCUUAAUGGGUGUAAUAUAUUUUGGAGCUGCAGUACUUGUUUCAUGCAGUGCUGCACUGCUACCUGCCCAGAUUACAUCAUAUGAACAUUU